AUGACUUUCCACGUUACUCAUUCAUUUGUCUCUUCCAUCUUUUCCAUCGCCGGUUUAGCCGGACUUUUGUCUUUACUUGCGAGGUAUUUGUCGUCAACUCGCUCGCCAAAGCCGGUUGAGACCAAAUUCGUCCAAGACUUCAAAGCUACAGCGCGAGCUUUGCCUUCUUCGUGGUACAGAUCCAAGGAAAUCUACGAACUCGAACGCCGCGCCAUCUUUGCUAAGAAAUGGAUCUUUGUCAGCCACAAGAUUAGACUUUCUGAAGCCGGAUCUUGUGUCGAAAUCAAUGAAGCUGGCUUCCAAUUCUUCCUCAUUAAGAACAAAAACGGCAUCAUUGAGGGUUUCCGCGGCACAGCUAAAGAACAGACAUCUCAAGGUGCCAAGGUCCCCAUCCAUGUACACGUCGAUGACAAGGGGUUUAUCUGGGUCAACCUCGAUCCCUCCAAGACCCCUGAAGACUGGUCGAUUGAGUUCAGAGACAUCGACAGAAUGAAACGACACGAAUCCUUCAACUUUGAUGACUACAAGUUCGACCAUACCUGGGGUAUGAGUGGCGAUUACAACUGGAAGACACUGGCAGAUAACUACAACGAGUGUUACCAUUGCAAAACAGCCCAUCCUGAUGCCGCUGCUAUAGCGGACCUCACAGCAUACAAGGUGGAUCCAAAAGGUGGCAACAUCGAGCACUUCGCCAAUGUGAAUGCUGAAGCAGAAAAGUCUGGCUUAAUGGUCGUGAGCAAUUACUACUUUCCCAAUGCUUGCAUGACUGUCUCCCCUAACUUCUUCUACCUGAUGCGCUGCGUUCCUACUUCGGUCGGAAAAUGUUCCAUGGAAUACGAGGUCUACCGACACAAGGAUGCUACCGACGAAGGUUUCAAGACGAUCGAUGAAAUGUUCAAGAGGAUCCUAACAGAAGAUAAAUGGCUCUGCAAUAAUGCUCAAAAGAAUCUCAACGCCGGUGUUUUUGUGAACGGAGAGAUGCAUCCCAAGCUGGAGCAAGGACCUCUCUACUUUCAGCAUCGGGUCCGAGGUAUCUUGACUGCUCAUCGUGAGUUGGAAAUGAAGGUUGGAAGGGAGCUUUAA